UCCCAGUUAAACCGGACACGGUUAGUGCGCGCAUUUUCCAUUGUUACGGUUUGAAAAAAAUCUUUUUUAAACAGUUUGGAGGUUUUCAAGUAAAUGCGGCGAUACGUGAAGAAAAAUAAAAUUACUGUUGAUCGAUAAAAUGCAACUAGUUUAAGCAAAACUCGGAUAUCAAGCUGGAAGUGAGAUUUUUCACCAAAUUUCAUUGUUUUAUUGAAUGCCGUGGAAAACGCCAUGAGUGUGGGGAGAAAUCUGUUCAUUACGAAUUCAGUAGAGAAAGAAAAUCGAUAAAAUGUCAUACGUGCACGAGCCAUACGUGGCAGUUAGUUGUGGAUUGUGAUGACCUCUUCUAGAACAAAUGUGAGGUUUCGUAUAGUUAGUGUCCUAUUUCUUCGAGGUCCAUGUCUUGGUCUUCUUCGGUGUGGGACAUCACACAUUGUCACUAACGAAGGCUGACUAUAGUGUUUCUACGAGGUUUGAUAACGCCUUUGGAAUAAAAACUAAAACGGCUGCAUUUUGCAAUUCUCUCCUCGAGCGUGAGAACUCGACGCUGCAGAACUCGGUGAGAAAUCAAAACACAGAAACAACAUCAUCAUGCGAGGAUGAGUGAAGUCAACCAUAGUCCAACUAAAAGUAGUAGUAGUGCUAGUGAACGACAUAUCAGCAGCAGUAUUCUAGUUAAAAUAACACCAACCCCCGACGGAGAAAGUAUCAAAACCGAAAGUACGGCAAUUUCUCCAGACUACCCCACCCAUCCGGAAGACCUUGCUGAGAAUCCCAUUCGGAAUGGACGCCUUCCGGCAGGCAUUGUGCUACAUCCGACUACCCUCAAUGUUCUACUGCCAAAUUUCAUCGAACAAGAACAGCGAGCCAGUUCUCCUUACAUCAAUCAGAGUCAGCUUCUGGGCCAGGAACUAAGAACGAUUCAGUCGAGCCCGUUAAAGAAAGCCAGACGCUACAGCCAAGAUUCGCAACUUCUACGGACCGUGUCAUGGAACAGCAGUGAGAUAAAUAACCAGAACGAUCAGAAUCAAUUAUUCAUGCGACACAGCACCGACAACAUCCAGACUAUUAAUAGUUUUCCGUGCUGUAGCAACUCGAAUGCCAGCAACGGCAUGAAUGGAGGAUUGAACCCAUAUUCGAAUCACAACGGGAGCAGUAGCAACAACAGCAAUGCGAAUGGCGGUUCGAACAAAUUCCACACCGCUCGAACGACAAGCAUGAAUGCUGAAUUAGACACGCAUGGAACAAUCUCGACGACGACGUCUUUAGACUACACGAACAACAAUAACAGCAGUAGUAGCAACAACAAACACGAAAGCAGUCAUCAUGGGAUAAUAUCCGAGGAUUCGAACGCCGGUUUUUACCAAGGUCAAACUGAAUCGGCGGCCGGAGAUACGGACCACUUAAAAUUAAGUAUAUCUACCACCGAUAAAACACUUUCGGCUCUGGAUGAUAUUAUGGAAAGUCCUCUGCUUAAGUCACCGGUAGAAAAAUGGCUCGAGGCACAGGACAAGGCCAUCGAACAAAUGAAAGUAAUCGACGAGCACAAUAGAAGUCCCGCUAUUUACAGCAAAAUAUUUGGUCCCAAGAUAUCGGAUAGCGAAAACAUCCCGGGCACCCCAAUGGAUUCGUCGGAUAUUGCGUCAGAGAUCAACAAGAGCUUCAAUUCUAGCACCGUAAGUUUGACAAAUGAGCGUCGCAGGUCAUCGACCAAGCUUAUUGGGGCGGGAAUGGCAGCAGGUCGUGACGGAAAAGAUACCCAGGGCCGCAACAGUAUGGGAGGGACAAGUUUCCGAAGCAAAAGGCGUAAAACCUCGGAACAAUCCGACAACACUCGACGACCAAGCAAACAGGACAAAGAGGUUUCCAAUGGACUAGAUCCAGAGUCUUUGAUGUUCCGUGACGGCCGUCGUAAGAUCGAUAUGAUUUUGUGCUACGAAGAAGACGACACCGGGGUGAUGACGGAAUUAGAAGCACUCAAGCGGCAUCAGAGAAGGGUGUUUCAGGAGAACCUUCUCAAAGAGGGGCUGGAGUUCGAGGUGGAAGAUAAAUCACAGGCCUUCGAUGAGAAGACCUUUUUCGUUAAGAUUCACAUUCCAUGGCGGACGGAGUCACGAUAUGCCGAAGUCAUGAACCUAAAGCUGCCGGUAAAGCGGUUUAUCACCAUUAGUGUAAAGGAAGAGGAGUCCACCUUGCGCAAACAUCAGAACAAGUGGCUAAGCUAUUGGCGGAAGAUGAUGUCUCUCACAGAGUACGAUUUCAGCCGUAUAGAGAAGGAACCUUCGUUUUACUCGGCCACCUCAAGCGGCAACCCGGAGGAACAGUUCAUUGUGAAAGAUCGCUGCACCACAUAUAACAGCGCUCAGCGUAGCAUGAUUGUAAUGCAAAUUCUUAUGAGAACUCGCUUCGACGAAACAGAGAAGGUGAACAACAUCGGUAUCAGACGACUGCUGAACGAUCAAACGUAUUUGGCGUGUUUUCCUCUACACGAAGGCCGGUACGACAGAAACCACUCGACGGGAACUGUAUUCGACAGACGUUUGUUGUACUUGGAAUGGGCGAGACCAUCAAAGUGGUACAAGAAACAACCGUUAUGUCUGGUGCGCAAGUACUUUGGAGAUAAGAUUGCUCUGUACUUUUGCUGGUUAGGUUUCUAUACAAAAAUGCUGUACGCUCCAGCUGUCGUAGGACUGUUUUGCUUUCUCUACGGACUAGCAUCUAUGGAUUCCAGCGAUAAUAUUCCCACCAAAGAAAUAUGUGAUGGCAGUGGCCCUGGUAAUGUGACCUUGUGUCCGCUCUGCGAUAAGGCCUGCAGCUAUCAGAAACUCUCCGAAUCGUGCCUUUUCGCACAGCUGACGUACCUGUUCGACAAUCCAUCAACGGUGUUUUUCGCCAUAUUUAUGUCCUUUUGGGCUACCACAUUUCUUGAGAUGUGGAAACGCAAACAAUCGGUGCUAGUAUGGGAAUGGGAUUUACAGAACAUUGAAAACGAAGAAGAUAUGCGUCCGGAGUUUGAAACCACCGUAAAAACCUUUCGAACGAAUCCAGUGACGCGAGAAAAGGAACCCUUCAUGCCAACAUGGGAUCGAGCUAUAAGAUUCUUUGCCACCUCCAGUGCAGUACUUUUCAUGAUUUCAAUCGUACUUGGUGCUGUACUGGGAACUAUCAUCUACCGGAUAUCGGUCGUGUCAGUAAUCUACAGUGGAGGUGGAACAUUUUUCCGAAAACAUGCCAAACUCUUUACCACAAUGACUGCUGCCACUAUCAAUCUUAUCAUUAUCAUGAUUUUAACUCGUAUCUACCACAAACUAGCUAUUCACCUAACUAAUUUAGAGAAUCCUCGGACGCAAACCGAGUACGAAGAUUCCUACACGGUCAAGAUAUUCGUAUUCGAGUUCAUGAACUUCUACAGCUCACUCAUCUACAUAGCGUUCUUCAAGGGGCGCUUCUACGACUACCCGGGUGACGAUGUGGCACGAAAGAGCGAGUUUUUCCGACUGAAAGGCGAUAUCUGCGAUCCGGCGGGUUGUUUGAGUGAGCUUUGCAUCCAGCUGGCUAUCAUCAUGGUGGGCAAACAGUGCUGGAACAAUCUGAUGGAGUAUUUCUUUCCGGCUUUCUACAACUGGUGGAGACAGCGGAAACACAAACAACUCACCAAAGACGAAACUCACCUGCACAUGGCAUGGGAACAGGACUACCAUCUUCAAGAUCCCGGACGAUUGGCACUUUUCGAUGAAUAUCUUGAAAUGAUUGUACAAUAUGGAUUCGUGACAUUGUUCGUAGCAGCGUUUCCUCUAGCUCCGCUUUUUGCACUUCUAAACAACAUUGCCGAGAUUCGACUGGAUGCCUACAAAAUGGUUACGCAAUCUCGCAGACCGCUUGCCGAACGGGUGGAAGACAUUGGAGCAUGGUACGGAAUACUCAAAAUCAUCACCUAUACCGCGGUCGUGUCAAACGCAUUUGUGAUAGCAUACACCAGCGACUUUAUUCCUCGAAUGGUCUACAAAUAUGUCUACUCGCCUCAUUUUUCACUGCACGGUUAUAUCGAGCAUUCGCUCUCAGUGUUCAACACGUCCGACUACAAGGAGGAAUGGGGCACGAAAACUGAAGACGAUCCGGACACCUGCCUUUAUCGGGGCUACAGAAAUGGUCCAAGCGACACCGAACAGUACGGUUUGAGUCCUCACUAUUGGCACGUGUUUGCGGCUCGGCUUGCUUUCGUAGUCGUGUUCGAACAUAUCGUGUUUGUCCUAACCGGGAUCAUGCAGUUCAUCAUACCGGAUAUUCCGGUCGAGGUCAAGACGCAAAUCCAGCGGGAGCUGAUGUUGGCCAAGGAAGCGAAGUACCAGCAUGGGUUGAAGAAAUCGCGCGAGAAUGACUACGAGGAAAUUUUGCACGUGCUUCGUGAGCAGAGCAACAACAGUCGACAAGGGGCCCGGGGCAGCUGGGCAAGACGCCUCAGUCGCCUGAGUGAUGGCCUGGACGCACAUGUGGAAGUAUCCAAUCGACCUCGUCAAUCGCUGGAAUCGACCGUAUGGGAGGUCACAUAGCAGUAGUGAAAACUCGUAGCUGUAGUCAUAUUUAUUUGGUUCCUAGUAUUAUCACUUAAAAUUAAGUUAAACCAAACUGUUAAAUGGCAAUGUACAAAAACAAUACAUUUUACAAUAUCAUUUAUAAUACAUAUCGUCUAACUGUU